AUGUCUGAUUAUUUUCUAAGUUUUAUUGGGUGGACUUUUCUGCCGCGAUUAGUGACAACCUGGCUUCAAAGCCUUUUUUACAAGUUAACUUAUCGCGCAGGAGCAAAUACUCCUAAACCAGGGCAACCAAAGUAUAAAAAACACUCCACACGAAUAUAUAUAUUAGUUGUGUUCGUGUAUCUCGCGUACACAAUUAUUGAGGCUGAUCUGUCGCUACAGCCAAACUAUUACAAGAUUCUUGAGUUGAAUCACGAUUUUUCUCAUAAAGAUAUAAAGACUAACUUUCGAAAGCUGCAGCUUCAAUAUCAUCCUGAUAAGAAUCCUGGUGAUGAAGCAGAAGCUACUUAUAUAUUAAUACGUACAGCGUAUGAUACGCUUACUGAUCCGGUGAAGAGAUUUGGACCAGAUAUAAAUAGAUGGGAUAACACUAAAACAACUCGAGACUAUUUAAAUCGUGGAUGGAUGUCUUUUAUAGAAUUCUAUCUUGGCAUUGGUCUCCUUCUUUUACUCUUGAAUAUACUGGGUAAAGGACAAUUCGGACGCUUCUGGCGAUUUGUAGCAUUCUUUGGGAUGGCAUGCAUCGAGGCAAAAAUGAUACUUUACCAGAGUCCUCCACUUUUUCCUUCACUUAUCCUACCACACCGCCCAAUCAUCUUUGAACAAAUAGUAAUCCUGCGGCAAGUGUUCAUUACCACAUUUAUCGCUCUAUCGCAGGUCGGCCCGGUAAUAUUCCCGUCCGACUCUUCACCGGAUAUUCGUGAUUCGUUGCAUCAAUUGCAGGUGUUGAGUAAUAUCGCGGCAGAGGAGUCUAAUAAUCAACUUCGAUUUGGAUUUGAACCGUUUGCGCGUGAUCAACAUGCGCAAUUGGAAUUGAAAAGGAAAAUGGAAAAGUUGGCAGUUGAUGGUUUCUUGUAUUCGGAUCCUGAUUAUACGCAAAUGUAUAGUCAACGUUGA